GAUUGAGGUCGGUCAUAGAUUCAUAGCCCAUUUGGGGUAUCACUAUUACCCUCUUUCUGCUUUCAAAAUCCCUCCUCCCUUUCCAAAACCAUAAAUUCCUCGCAUACACCGCUCCUUCUCUCCCUCUCCCCACACAAACAAAUCCACACCAUUCUCAACCAACAACACCACCAACAAACAUUUCCCCUCCAUCAAAAAAAAAAAUAAAAAAACCAAUCCCAAUCCCAAUCCCACAAAAACCCAUUUAAAUUCAAAUCAAACCAAACCAAAUCAACACAAAAGAAACAAAGAGGAAGCAAAAAAAAAAAAAAAAAAAAAAUUCUUUGGUGGUGAGUUUUAAGGUAUCUUUUUGUUGUUGAUGUUGUUGAUGUAUUAUUGUUUCAUUCAAUCAAUCAUUCAUAUAUGUAAUGCAUCAAAAGAAAUCGGAAGUUCAGAUCGGAAAAGAAAGCAGUGGCAUCUCUUCCGAUUUCAACCCAUCCCCUCCUCUUCUCUUCCCUCCUCCUACUCCCACUCAUCUUCUUCACCAUCCCAAACAACCCCAACCCUCUUUUCUUCACCAAUCUCUGUCUCAACAACAAUUGUUCUUACAACAACAAUUACAACAACAACAACAACAGCAAAUACAACAUCAGCAUCAUCAUCAUCAAAAGCAAAAUGACCCUCUUGCCCCUCCGUCUCCAUCUCCAUCUUCUUCCUCGUCUUCCACGCCGUACAAGCGAGCGACCCUUGUGACCCACUCGUCCUCUCUCUCCAAAUCUCCAACCAUUUACCAAUUCCACUCGAACCCAUCUCCGCAAUUCGCCAACUCGCAAAACCCAUCUUUUUUCUCUCUCUCUCUCGCCGUAAAGACCUUCGUUUUUCGCACCCUGAGGAAAGUCAAGCACUUUCGGCGGUUGCGUGUGCAUCUCCGCCUCAUUCUCUUGCUUUCUCUUCCAUGUUUCUACUUCUUGGUUUCUCAUCCGAGCCACUCUUUCCUCCUUGACUUUCUCUCCGCUUUCGCUUUCUCGGCCGCGCUUUUGUUCUCUCUCAACCUCGCUCUCCCACGCCUCCCUUCUAUUCGGCUCUUCCUUGCUCGUUCUUUCCCAAUUAAGCUCUCCCAACCUUCUUCCAUAUCUAGACCUCCUCUGCCGGUGUUUUGGUCAAUUGGGUCUCGGCCAAAACCCGAGAAGAGAGCGAGUUCGGGUUGUUGGGUUCAGGUUUUUAGCAACGGGGACGUGUAUGAGGGUGAGUUGUAUAAGGGAAAGUGUUCAGGGAGUGGGGUGUAUUACUAUUAUAUGAGUGGGAGGUAUGAGGGGGAUUGGGUGGAUGGGAAGUAUGAUGGAUAUGGAGUUGAGACUUGGGCUAGAGGGAGCCGGUAUCGGGGACAGUAUCGCCAGGGGCUUCGACAGGGGUUUGGGGUGUAUCGGUUUUAUACAGGGGAUGUUUAUGCUGGAGAAUGGGCUAAUGGGCAGAGUCAUGGGUGUGGAGUGCAUACUUGUGAGGACGGGAGUCGGUAUGUUGGGGAGUUCAAGUGGGGUGUCAAGCAUGGUCUUGGGCAUUACCAUUUCAGAAAUGGGGACACAUAUGCUGGAGAAUAUUUUGCGGACAAGAUGCAUGGGUUUGGGCUCUAUUCUUUUGCAAAUGGACAUCGAUAUGAAGGAGCCUGGCAUGAGGGUAGAAGGCAAGGGCUUGGAAUGUACACAUUCAGAAAUGGUGAAACACAAGCUGGUCACUGGCAAAAUGGAAUUCUUGACAUUCCAAGCACACAGAACACCACCCAUCCUGUAUCUCCUGUUGCUGUUUAUCAUUCAAAAGUACUCAAUGCAGUGCAGGAAGCUCGGCGAGCAGCAGACAAAGCCUAUGAUGUAGCCAAGGUGGAUGAAAGGGUCAACAGGGCAGUUGCAGCAGCCAAUAGGGCAGCUAAUGCAGCUAGAGUAGCGGCAGUUAAGGCUGUCCAAAAACAAAUGCACCAUAAUAGUAACAACAAUGUUCCAAUUCCAAUUGUGUGACACUCCCAACUGCCACUCUGGCUCUUUUAAUGUGCAAGACGGCAGCAUCAGGACAGUGGCUUAUGUUUGUUUUCUUCAACAAGUAGCUUUGUGUUUUUAUGCGGUCUCCUUGGCCCCUUGCCUUGAGGGGACGAUUUGAUUUGUAGAGCCUCUUGAAAGCUGAGUAGUAGGGAAGAUUACUGAAGAGUGUGCAACGGUCAUCUAUACAGCUUGAAGAUUGUGUAUACAUAGAGAGGAGAUAGAGAGGGUGGAUGGUGAUGGCAUCCAUAUUUUUCAUUUUUGCUGUUCCAUCUUAAGUACAUUUUUGUAAAGAUCAGGUAGAUGUAAUAUAAAGUGCUGGUGCCUAGGUAAAACCUCAAACCAGCCACUAUUGAUGUGAGUUUGCUGGUAUUUAAUCGAGGUAACAAAUUGUCUA